CUUUCGUUGGUUUUUUCGUUGCCAGAUCCAGGAACUUCGCGUAAACUUCUUCUCCGCGAUCGCGAGGAACAGCCGGAGAGGCUCAUUCCUUCCGGCCCCUCGGAUCCAAAGCAGUACCAAAACUCGAUCAGUCAGGCGGCUUGCCGCAAAGAAUUCGGCGUCGGGAUCCCUGCGCCACCCUCCGGCAAUCACCACCUCGAGCGAGAAGUUCCCACUGGACCGGAAGAUCCAUUCCAGCGCCUCAAGGACUUCGUUGCGUGCUGGAACUCGGCCGUCGGCAAGCCUCACCACGAUGUCUUGACGCAUCGAUCUCAAUCCAUCCCAGUAACUUCAUCUUCUUCCAAGGACUCCAUCCCAUUUCCACCAGCAGCUUCUUCUUCCAAGAAUUCUAUCCCAGUUCCAGGAGCAGCUUCUUUUUCCAAGGAUCCUAUCCCAGUUCCAGCAGCAGCUUUUUCGUCCAAGGAUUCUAUCCCAGUUCCUUCUUCUUCUUCCAAGGAUUCUAUCUCAGUUCCAGCAGCAACUUCUUCCAAGGAUUCUUCUCAAUCUGGUCCAGCAACUUCUUCCAUAAAUGCUAUCCCAGCAGCUCGUUCUAUCCCACCUCGAACUUUCAAGGACGAUCCUUCCAGCAAGCAGCUCAAUGCCAUCCAACCCGAGAGGCAAGUUCCCUCUGGAGCCGAUCCGAUCCAUCACAAAUCCCUGGAACCCUGAUACUCUAGCUGACACUUUUU